CUUGACUUGGUUGGUUCCUUCUAUAAAGCCCAAGGGCGUGUUGCUCCCAAAUGCAUAGAGCUACAAAAUAUAUCAAGCGAGCUGAGCAUAUUGAGAAUUUGAUCAGAUGGGGGCGGCUAUGGUAGUUUUUGUAUUAGUGUUCCUAUUAGGAGGGUGGCCGUUGGGUGAAGGGUGUUGGGAACAAGAAAAAAUUGGUCUCUUGCAACUCAAGCCUUUCUUCAAUUAUCAUAACGCUCUACACAACUGGGUGGAUGUGGAAGGAAAAGAGAGUUCACACUGUUGUCGGUGGGAAAGGGUUGAGUGCGACGCAAUUUCUGGCCGAGUGAUACGACUCUACCUUUGGAAAGAGUACUCUGAUGUAGCACAAGAUAGUGAAAAUCUCAGGCAGCCGUGGUAUCUCAACGCCUCUCUGUUUCUUCCCUUCGAGGAAUUGAAGAGUCUUGAUCUGAGCGAGCACCAAAUAGCUGGUAGCCUUGACAACGAAGGUUUUGAAAAGCUAUGGGGGAAGUUGGAUAAACUGGAGCAUCUCUUCUUAAGUGACAAUCAGUUCAACAAUAGCAUUUUAUCAUCUUUAAUUGAGUUCUCAUCUCUCAAGUCUUUAGACUUAUCAUUCAACAACCUCACGAAAUUUAUCUAUACAGACGAAUUGAACAAGCUGAUAAACUUGGAGGAGUUGUCGUUAUGGGGCAAUGACAUUGAGAGUUUUGGAUCUUUUGGAGGCAUACUUCAAACAUAAAUUACUCAAUUAUUGAUAUAGUAAAGAGAGAGUUUUGGAUGUUUACAUGUAAAUUUACAUAAACUUUGAUUGGAAGUGAAAUAAUCAUGUACAUCUUGUACAGAAAGUAAAAGACUAUUGGACUUGAUCAA